GGCAGGCGCCUAGGAGAGGCUAGCUGACCCGCCGCGUCUGCCGCACCCAGCUAGGAUGCUUCGCCGAGGCCAUAAGGCCUCUGAAAGGCGAAGACACUUGAGCGAGAGCCUCAGCUGGCAACAAGACCAGGCGCUGAGCAGCAGCAUCUACCUCCUGCGAGAGAUGGGCCCUACCGGCUUCCUGCUGAGGGAGGAGGAGCCGGAAAACAGGGAUUGCAGAGUUUUUCUAGGAAAUCCUCAUGUUUGUAACUGUUCCACAUUUCUGAAAGAAGGGGAGCUUUGUAAGCAUAUAUGUUGGAUCUUAUUGAAAAAGUUCAAGCUUCCAAGGAAUCAUGAAUUUGCUUUCCAGUUGGGUCUCGUAGAAGGAGAAAUAAAUGACUUGCUACGGGGGAUACAUCGAGUUCAAAGUCCCCAACCAGGAACAAAUGACGAAAAUGCACAUAUUGAAGAAGACGGGUACAUUAAACAGAAGGAAAUUGGUUCAGAGGAUAUCUGCUCUAUUUGUCAAGAGGUGCUUUUAAAGAACAAGCUUCCUGUUACCUUUUGCAGGUUUGGCUGUGGCAAUAGUAUCCAUAUAAAAUGCAUGAAGAUCUUAGCUAAUUAUCAGAAUAUGACAUCAAACACUUCCAUGUUGAAGUGUCCUCUGUGCAGGAAAGAGUUUGCACCAUUAAAACUUAUUUUGGAAGAAUUCAAAAACUCAAGCAAACUUGUGACUGCAGCUGAGAAAGAACGACUGGACAAACACCUUGGAAUUCCCUGUAAUAACUGUAAACAAUUUCCAGUUGAGGGGAAAUGUUAUAAGUGUACUGAAUGUGUAGAAUAUCACUUAUGCCAGCAAUGUUUUGAUAGCGGCUGCCAUCUUUCUCAUAUAUUUACAUUUCGUGAGAAGAGAAACCAAAGAUGGAGAUUACUAGAAAAAGGAUCAGAUGAAGUUGUAAAAUAUAUAGAUAUUACAAAUGAGAUAGAAAAAAAGAUGCCACAUUUUCAAGAAAAGCAAGGCCAGGUUUACACACCCAAACACAUUGUAAAGUCACUGCCUCUCCUACUGAUUACAAAGAAUAGCAAGCUGCUUACUCCAGGCUACCAGUGUCGACUUUGUUUGAAGGCAUUUCGUCUUGGUCAACAUACAAGAUUGCUACCAUGUGCUCACAGGUUUCAUAGGAAAUGUAUUGACAGUUGGUUAUUCCACAAGUGCAAUUCAUGCCCUGUUGAUGGGCAAGUUAUAUAUAACCCUUUAAUCUGGAAAAAUACAACAAUGAAUGGACAAACACAACAGUCUGUUUCAAACAUAGACAUCAUUCAUCCAUCAAAGCAGGAAGAAUCAAAACUUUUUAUUCCUGGUACUGGUUUAAUCUUAAAACAAAAUAGACAUGGAAUUUUACCUAGCAUAUCUCAACGUAAUUCUGAUAAAAUGAAUACACCUCGAAGUCCAACAGAUACCCAUCAGAAUAUAACAAUAGAUGAUCUGUGCUCUAUCAAAUUAGAUGAUUCAAAUUCAAGAAAAUUAAUCCAUGAAUAUAAAAUUAGCCAACAUUUCCCAAGGUAUUUUCAAGAUUUACCCACUGGAUCAUUUGGGAAAAUAUCAUCUCAAACAUUUCUUCCUUCCAUUGAUCAUAAGAAUAUUAUAUGUCACACUGGAAUGAAAAGCCCAUGUAUCAGUGAAAAAUAUCACACUGGUCAAAGCCAGAAGAUGACCAAAGGCUAUAAACGUAUUAACCACAAUCCAGAGAAGACUGUUGGUAUGAAAAUAAGAGAAGACAACAGGAGAUCAAAUACUUUACUUCCAGAGGAUUUAAAUCUUAUUGCCAAUUGGGGUACGACUCAACUUAGUAUGUCUAAAAGGCAUAAUAAUUGCAUGGGGAAAAUGAAACAAAAACGUACUCAUCUAUCAAGACAGCCUGUGUCUCACUCUUUAAAUACAAAAAAUACUGAGCUAUCUUUAAUAUUGGAAGGAGUUCAAUUGUGAAAAAGUAUUUUUGCAUAUUAUCAGAAAAUAUUUGAAUAUUAAAUAUGAAAAAUGUUUUAGAUGUAGAAUAUAAAAAGCAUAUAUACAUUCUUAACAAAUAUAUGUAAAAUUCUCUGUUGUCAUUUUGCCUGCUGUCUAUGACUACUUUACUAUACUUAA